UGCCAGGAGGGUGAAGUAUGCGGCUUAGGAAGCAGGAGAGACUUUGUCUGGGGGAAAAGGGGUGAAAGGACUCUUGCUGGUGGGCCCUGAGAAGGUACCACGUGGCUCUGGAUUAACUGGAGAUCCUGGUGCGACCCAGCUGACGGUGCCGGGAGCCUGAAUCAUGGACUUCUGCUUCUUUUCCUGAGAUACGUCUCUGGCAUUGAGAGACGUCUUUCCUCUGGAUGUGGGCGACGCGAGCACAGUAGGUGGGGGAGAACCCGCGAGGGAAAGGGGGUCCUUUUAGUAACAGUGCACCGUUCCCGCCCCGCUCCGUUCUGAACGCACUGGAUUGCAGACGCCUGGCCUCCCGCCUGCGGAGAAGCAGCGCUAGGGGCUGGGGGACGCACUGGGGCACCGCCCCGGACGCGCUCCGGGCACCGGCAGCGACCCUGGGGGGCACCCGGGAUUCAGACGGGGGGGGGCGGGGGUGCAGCCGUCCGGACCCUGGAGCAUCCCCCGGGCUUCGCCGGCCUCCCUGCGUUGGGUCUCCGGGGACAGCGGGCGGGGCGGGCGGAAGACCCGGAGCCGCGCCUGCCCCCGCAGGGCUGCACAGCCCGAGAAAGCAGAAUCGAACCUCGCCCCCGGAGCUGCGCCGGAGCUGGGAUCUGGGAAGAGAAACUUGCGACGGCGGCUGGGGCUCUGCGCCCCCCCCCCCCGCCCCGGCCCCGCCCCGAGCUCGGAGCGAGGUCGCUGGGUCCGCACCGGGACGGGGCCACCGCCUGGCCCGCUCGCACCUUCUCCCCGGACACCCGAAGGCUGAGCCAUUUCAGAGCCCUGCGGUCGCUGCGUGCCGGGUGCUCAGGGACGGGACCAGCCCGGGACCUGGAGGGGCUGUCGCCGCGGAGCGGGAGUUCGGACCUCACCCCUCCCGCGUUCUCUCGACGCUCCGCAGACCCCGGCCACCCCGGACCCUCCCCGGGCUCCGCACCGCCGCUCCGAGCUUCCUGCCCCCCCACCUGUCCUGCCCCGGGUGGAUAGUCCCCACCCUGGUUCUCCGGGCUCCUCCCCCUGGUCCCCAGGGCGGCUCUGGCCAGGCCCGCUCGAGCCCCGGGGCUGCCCAGGCAGGAGCGAGCCAUGCUCCGGCUCUUGGCGCUGCUGCUCCAGCUGCUGCCGCUGCCUGCGCUCGCCCAGCAGCCCGCGGCGCAGGACGUGAGUCUGGGCGUGGACUGGCUGACACGCUAUGGCUACUUGCCGCCACCCCACCCAGCCCAGGCCCAGCUGCAGAACCCUGCAAAGCUUCGGGAUGCCAUCAAGGUGAUGCAGAGGUUUGCAGGGCUGCCUGAGACUGGCAUCCUCGACCCAGUGACAAUGGCCACCAUGCAUAAGCCCCGCUGCUCCCUGCCCGAUGUGCUGGGGGUGGCGGGGCUGGUCAGGCGCCGCCGCUAUGCUCUGAGUAGCAGUGUUUGGAAGAAGCGAACUCUGACAUGGAGGGUGCAGUCCUUCCCCCAGAGCUCUGCGCUGAGCCAGCAGACUGUGAGGAGUCUCAUGCACCAUGCCUUGACCGCGUGGGGUAUUGAGUCAGGCCUCAAAUUCCAGGAGAUGGAUUCUCAGAGCCCAGCAGAGCCUGACAUCCUUAUUGACUUUGCCCGGGCCUACCACCAGGACAGUUACCCCUUUGACGGGCAAGGGGGGACCCUAGCCCAUGCCUUCUUCCCCGGGGAGCAUUCUAUCUCUGGGGACACUCACUUCGACGAUGAGGAAAUCUGGACUUUUGGGUCAAAAGAUGGUGAGGGGACUGACCUGUUUGCUGUGGCUGUUCAUGAGUUCGGCCAUGCCCUGGGCCUGGGCCACUCCUCUGCGCCCGACUCUAUCAUGAGGCCCUUUUACCAGGGCCCUGUGGGCCAUCCCACGGAGUACCGCCUGUCCCAGGACGACCGGGAAGGCCUGCAGCAGCUCUACGGGAAAGCGCCCCAAACCCCAUAUGAUGAGCCCACAAGGAAACCCCUGGCUCCUCCUCCCUUGCCCCCUGCCCUGCCCCCAGACAGACCCUCCUUGCCUGUCCCUGAUCGCUGUGAUGGCAAUUUUGAUGCCAUAGCCAACAUCCGUGGAGAAACCUUCUUCUUUAAAGGCCCCUGGUUCUGGCGCCUACAACCCUCAGGACAGCUGGUGUCCCCCCGACCUGCCCGGCUCCAUCGCUUCUGGGAGGGGCUGCCUGCCCAGGUGAAGGUUAUCCAGGCUGCCUACGCCCGGCACCGAGAUGGCCGAAUCCUCCUCUUCAGCGGCUCCGAGUUUUGGGUGUUCCAGGACCGGCGCCUAGAGGGCGCUGCGCGGCCGCUGGCAGAGCUGGGGCUGCCCCCAGGGGAGAAGGUGGACGCUGUGUUCUCGUGGCCGCUGAACGGGAAGACCUACCUGGUCCAGGGCCAGCGCUACUGGCGGUACGACGAGGCGGCCGCACGUCCAGACCCUGGCUACCCGCGCGACCUGAGUCUGUGGGAGGGGGCGCCUCAUACCCCCGACGAUGUCACCGUCAGCAACACAGGUGACACCUACUUCUUCAAGGGCGUCUACUACUGGCGCUUUCCCAAGGGCAGCGUCAAGGCCGAGCCGGACUCCCCCAAACCCAUGGGUCCCCAAUGGCUGGACUGCCCGGCCCCAAGCGCUGACCCUCACUCCCCCAGGCCGCCCAAAGCGACUCUCAAGCCAGGACCCUGCAAUUGUCAGUGUGAGAUCAACCAGGCGUCGGGGCUGCGGUCGAUGCCCCUCCUGCUGCCCCUUCUGCCCCUGUUGGUGGGGGGCGUCACCUUCUGCUGAGGUGGGGACAACGCUACACCGAGGGGGCCGGGUUUCCCACCGCGGGCCUGUAGGGGGUUGUGAUUGCCGCCAAGCCUCAUUCUCUGUUCCCAGGGGCGGGAUCAGCAUGGAUUCAGCUGGGCAUAGAUGGGUGACAGGGAGACAAAGUCUGGCUCUGGGACCCAACACAAGAAAUGGUCGGCGCCACCGUGCGCUGCCCCCUCAGGUCUGUGCUUUUCCCGGAACAGCUGGCUUUUCUCAAGAGCUCAGCGGGCUUACGCCCUGUAGCCCUCACCCUGCCAGGCAACAGCUGCUCACGUCUGUAUGGGUCUUUAGAGCAGGGGCCCCCAAGCCCCACUACCUGUCCGCAACCAGGCGCAAGUGACGCUCUCCUGUGCUCCGCCUCCUGUCGUCCCGUCCCUCUCCCCGCUCCAGCUGGCCAGCAAGUGAAGCUAAGCUCACCUGAGCUCAGCCUCCCGUUUUUCACCUGACCUGAGCUCCUGCAUCCUGGCAUCCCCCGUCUAUAAAACCGGUCCCUGGUGCCAGAAAGAUUGGGGAGCACUGCUUUAGAGGACAGGCCUGAUUGGGAGACUAAACCCCAGCCCUCCUCCUUUUCCAGAAGUUUCUCACCCUCUUCUGCUUCCACCAGGUCCCAGUCAGCACCAUGUGGGUGAGGAACUGGGACCCAGCUCUGAAACCACCCCUGGACAGCAGUGCUGCUUGUCCUAGGUGACAUCAGUGGCCUCAAGGGUGACCUUCCACAAAUUGGCCCCUGGACCUCAUUGCAGGUCACCACCCCAGACCCAGCACUGUUCCCAUUUAAUAGGAGACCCUUCUAUUUUUAAAAACCUCUUUCUGCCUCCACACUGGGGUGUCUGUAGUUGCCUGCAGGAGAACUCUUGAUCCGGGGUCACCAAUUCCUCAGCAUUCCUGGGUGAUGAGUGCGUGAAACCAGGGCCCUCAUUCACUCCCCAGUCUCCACAGGAUUCAGGAGCUAAAUCAGUGCCUCCAGAACUGUGCCUCUGCAAUAUUCCCUAUCAGAUUCAACCAGGGAACUUAGGGAUGCAGAUCUCACGCCCUCACCCUGACCCUUCACUCCGGGUAGGGCCAGGAGUCUGCAUUUGAACGAGCUGGGGUGAGGGUGGGGUGGUCUGUUGGGCCUGAGGAAUGGGCCCCUCUCUGUCUUGUGGCUUUUCUGUGUCUCUGCCAUGUUUCCCCAGGAGCCAAUCUCUUCAUGUCUCCUACAGAGCCAAGCUGAUGGCCUUGGUCGAGAGGGGUCACCCCAUGGUUUGAGUCACUUAGUGGCCUCUCCUUGGGUUGCUAUCCAGCCUUAUGGCCCCACAGUGCUGCCUGGAGCGGAGGCUGUGGGCUGCAGUCCCAGUGAGCAGGGACAGUGCCUGCUGUCGGUCACGACUCUGUCUCUUCACUGCACAGGCUUACAGACACAUUCUGUGGUACUGUCCAAUUUAAAGGAGAAGACCAGGUGGGUUAUGUCUGCACUCCCAUGCUCUGCAUAAUUUGGGUGGGGUGGUUUUAUGAUGAUGACGAUAAUGGUGAAGGUGCCACGUCAGGGUGGCUCAUACCUUACACUGGACAAAAUUCACACCUGUGUGGUGGGUGAGUGCACAGAGAGCCUGAGGGAGGUGUCAAAGUCAGGGCAUGAUGAUGGCGGAGCAGAAAUGCCGGACACCAGUCCCCGGGCACAUGGCUUGACUAGUUAUGGAGAGAUGGCAAGCUGAGAAUGGGAUAAGACUGAAAGCGAGAGAAGCAGGGAGGAUUUAAACCAGCUGAUUCCCGUCCCCCAUAGGUCAGGUUAGGCCUAACAGGGGUGUCCAACUUUUUGGCCCAUCUCUUGGGCCACCUGUUGAAUAUAUUGCAACACGAAGCUUAGUUACCUGGGCCAGGUUAUUGAGGUGAGCUCUUGGCUCCGAUGAGGGUCACAGUGGAGACUACAGACCACAGCAGGCAGGAGCCGGUUGCAGCCUACCCGCCCUCCUCUCCCCAGAACAACAUCAAUGAGGCCGUUACGCACACACCGCAUUUGCUCAGUGUCAGAAAACAGUCAGGCGAGCACGAGGCACCUGUCACAGCCCCCUGUGCUUCUCCUUUGCUUCUGUUCUCUAAAUUUUGGUGCUGCCGAGUGUGUACACAGCCCCUGAGUGGGGCGGAGUGAGCACAGAGUGAUGACUGAGGGCUAAGGAGGUGGUAGCCUUUCCGGCCCCAGCCUUCUGGCCUCAGUUUCAUGCAUAAUGAUGAACCACCUGAGGCUGGUGCUGGCCUCAAAGUCCAGUCAGCCAAGAAGCAGAUACAACUAUCAUGGUUUAGUCAUAAACCAUGGGAAAUGGUUCAUGGGGGGAAAUCGUAGGGUUGAACCUAUGCAAGAAGUCUUCGUGUCUGUGGAGCUGCUGGCAGGAAAGUAGGCAGUUCCACGUGUGAGCUUCUCUCAGGACCUGGCUGGACCCUGAAUACACCCCAUUCCCACAGGAAUGUAUUUCCUUACCUCUGGAGCAGCAGCAGGAACUACAUAACAGUAUAGUAAAGUCCACCCUGGACAGAAACCAGGCCAGAGUGGGACUUUGAGCAGGAUAGACUUUACAGCACAAGUGCAGGUGACUGUGAGCAAAUUUAUUGAAGCUGGGGACAGUGAAAUAAGGAAGAGCCUAGGACUGAAGAAGCAACAGGAGAGAGAGAUUAGGCGGGGCUGCUGUCAGCUCCCUGAGAAGUCAGAAAAGGAGGCUUUGGAAACAGGCUUGGGGCUUAGCCCGGGAUGAGCUGCUGCUGCUGCCCAUUGCUCCCCUAGCUGCAUAUCUCAUGGGUCCUUUAGAGUGUAGGAGAUGUGGCCCGUGGGGGCCGAAGAGGAGGAAGAGGAAGAGGGCAUGCUCCUGGGAGGGAGAGCAGGAGCUGGGUUCUUUGUUUUGAAAGUUUUUUUUGGUCUGGGAGUUUAGGGGAAGUCUUAGGGGAGAUCCAAUAGAAUAUUCAUCAGUUUUCCAGUUGUGCCCUUUCAGGGUCAUGGUCUCCAGUGAUUCAUCAGAGGGAGGGCAGGGGGUCCUCAGUCACAGCAGCUGGUCCUGGCAUUGCCCACCUGGCUUUGCUGCUUUUCUGGGCCUGGAGCUGAGACAACUGAGGCCCAGAUAAUACUUCUAAGGAGGUGACCUUCUGUAUCUGGCUGUAAAUUGCUCUUUGCUGAGCCAGUUUGUUCAGCUGUCUGUCUCCCUAUUCUGCUUGUCCUGGCUUACUGGCCUGUCUCAGUUACUAAUGUCGUGCUUAUGUUCUUAUGCUCUUAUGCUCUUGAAUGUUUGAGUUCACUCAAGGGGCUUGUAGUUUGUCCUGGUUUAUGAUUGCAUUUUAAAAGUAAUAAAUCAGGCUGUAAAGUAUGUAUUAUCCAAUAUAUUUGUAUAUCCUGAUUAGUUGUAGAUAUUGGUAAUGUUCAAUUAUUUGAAAAGUGUUGCCUAAACCUAAGUAAAUUGUGUGGAAAUACACCACUGUGUCAUGUGUAUUACAAAGAACAGAUGACUAACUCGUAGUGUGACUGUAGGGUUUCUGUAGGUAUUAACUUUGAAUUGAUAAUGCUAACCAUAUGAUCUAAUUAAGAAUUUAUCUUUGACUGUAAUGCAAAUUGAAGUGAUUUCUUUGGAUCCUA